UUUUGUUCAAAUAUCCUCAGCAAGCAAAAGGAUGGAAGAGUGUUCCUUCAUUUUCGGAAUCACAUGUUCUCUCAGUUCGAAAAGGAUACUACGUGGAACUAAACUUUACCAUGCGUAGCCAUUACAAAUCUCCUUGUCAAUGGGAUGAGUAUCUUGAGAUCCGUGAUGGCAAUAAUCAGGCAGCCAACGUUCUUGGUGUAUUCUGUGGAGAUUACAAAACUGCUGUAGUGCGAUCCAGUGGGCGAUACCUGUGGUUAAGAUUUUUCCCUCGGAGAAUGUAUAAUUUGAGUGCACACUAUUCGGGAAAAUCCUUCAAUCAAACAGCCACACCCACCAUGACGCAAGUACCCAAGACACAGACUGUAAUUUUGAACAGAACCUCCCACCUGUGGUGCCCGGUGGAAGGUGCGCCAGCUCCAUACAUUGUGUGGAGAAAAAAUGGUGUUGUCGUUGAAAAUAGUACCAGUGUAAGAUAUCAGCUUGUACCGGAAGAAAAGAAUGUGAAUUACAGCUGUGAGGUACGAAGAGAUAAAGAGAUAUCAAAGAGGGAAAUCAGCCUCAACUUCGAAAAGUGCCCAGGCCCUUGUGAGUGCCACACUUUGAAGGGAACAUACAACCUGCUGCGUGUGAACUGUGAAGGAAAAGAAUUGAUGACGUUUCCGUGGAAAAUUCCUCUCCCCACAGUAACAUUGAACUUGAGUAACAACCAGCUGAAUGACUUGCCACAAGACAUUUUCAGCAACAAUACUCACCUGAGUUGGCUGUAAGCUGAGAUUAAACAAAUCUAUAAUGUGUACAUUUCACUUUAAAAGGUCAGCGAUAUCUUA